GUUGUACCAGCCGGCCCAACUCGGGGACGAAGGAUGGGGCGGUGGGGGCCAACGCCGUGAGGACAACCCAGCCCGGACUGAAAGAGCCUCGUGCUUCCGGGCUUCCUGCUCGAUGAUUGGACGAAGCGGCGGACGGCUGGCCACGGAUUGGCUGCGCUCCGCGGCGGGCUGAGCAACCCGAGUGAGGCGAGCAGUUGGGCCAAGAUGGCGGCAGCCGAUGGCGUCGUGGGUGACGGUGAGCCGUGGCAGAGCUGGCUUCCCAACCACGCCGUGUUCCUGCGGCUGCGGGAGGGACUGAAACACCACAGCCCAGCCGAAGCCGAGAAACAGACGUCGUCAUCACUGCCCACGUCGCCGCCGCAGGUGCUGACGAGGAACCUGGUCUUCGGCCUCUGUGGAGAUCUCUUCCUGUGGGACGGGGAGAGCAGCUCGUUCUUAGUCGUGCGCCUUCGGGGCCUCCGCGGCGGCGGCGAGGAGCCCUCCCUCUCCCAGUACCAGAGAUUGCUUUGCAUAAACCCACCCCUGUUUGAAAUCUAUCAAGUCUUGUUAAGUCCGACUCAACAUCAUGUAGCACUUAUAGGAAUGAAAGGACUUAUGGUAUUAGAAUUACCUAAAAGAUGGGGGAAGAAUUCUGAAUUUGAAGGUGGGAAAUCAACAGUAAAUUGUAGUACCACUCCAGUCGCUGAGAGAUUUUUCACCAGUUCUACCUCUCUGACUCUAAAGCACGCUGCCUGGUAUCCCAGUGAAAUGCUGGAUCCCCACAUAGUGCUGUUAACAUCGGAUAACGUGAUAAGAAUUUACUCUCUACGUGAGCCGCAGACACCCACUAAGGUGAUUGUACUUUCAGAAGCAGAAGAAGAAAGUGUAAUACUCAAUAAAGGAAGGGCAUAUACAGCAUCGCUAGGAGAGACAGCAGUUGCAUUUGACUUUGGACCACUGGCAGCAGUCCCAAAGAAUGUAUUUGGACAAAAAGGCAAAGAUGAAGUAGUGGCAUACCCACUGUACAUCUUAUAUGAGAAUGGGGAGACUUUCCUUUGUUAUGUUAGCCUGUUACACAGCCUUGGGAAUAUUGGAAAGCUUUUGGGUCCAUUGCCCAUGCAUCCUGCAGCUGAAGAUAACUACGGUUACGAUGCCUGUGCUAUACUCUGCUUACCUUGUGUUCCCAACAUCUUAGUAAUCGCUACUGAGUCAGGGAUGCUGUAUCACUGCGUUGUGCUAGAGGGGGAGGAAGAGGAUGACCAGACAUCAGAAAAGUCCUGGGAUUCCAGGGCCGACCUCAUUCCUUCCCUGUACGUGUUUGAAUGUGUUGAGUUGGAGCUUGCCCUGAAACUGGCAUCUGGAGAGGAUGAUCCCUUUGGUUCUGACUUUUCUUGUCCAAUCAAACUUCACAGAGAUCCCAAAUGUCCAUCACGGUAUCACUGUACUCAUGAAGCUGGUGUACACAGUGUUGGGCUAACUUGGAUUCAUAAACUUCACAGAUUUCUUGGAUCAGACGAAGAAGAUAAGGAUAGCCUACAGGAGCUUGCUGCAGAACAGAAGUGUUUUGUAGAACACAUUCUCUGUACGAAGCCAUUGCCAUGCAGGCAGCCGGCUCCAAUUCGAGGAUUCUGGAUCGUCCCUGACAUUCUGGGGCCCACGAUGAUCUGCAUCACCAGUGCUUACGAGUGCCUCAUCCGGCCUCUGCUAAGUACUGUCCAUCCGGCGUCUCCUCCCCUGCUGUGUACCCGAGAGGACGCUGAAGUGGCCGCGUCUCCCCUCCGGAUUCUGGCCGAAACUCCGGAUUCCUUUGAAAAACACAUCAGGAGCAUCCUGCAGCGCAGUGCCGCCAAUCCGGCGUUUCUCAAGUCGUCUGAAAAGGAUACGGCCCCUCCUCCGGAGGAGUGUCUGCAGCUCAUCAGCAGAGCCACGCAGGUGUUCCGGGAACAGUACAUCCUGAAGCAGGACCUGGCAAAGGAGGAGAUUCAGCGGAGGGUCAAAUUAUUAUGUGACCAGAAAAAGAAACAACUGGAAGACCUCAGUUACUGCCGGGAGGAGAGGAAAAGUCUGCGUGAAAUGGCCGAGCGCUUAGCUGACAAGUAUGAGGAAGCCAAGGAGAAACAAGAAGACAUCAUGAACAGGAUGAAGAAAGUGCUUCACAGUUUCCACUCUCAGCUCCCAGUUCUCUCCGACAGCGAGAGAGACAUGAAGAAGGAGCUGCAGCGGAUUCCUGAGCAGCUUCGACAUCUGGCCAGUGCCAUCAAACAGGUCACCAUGAAGAAAGACUACCAGCAGCGCAAGAUGGAGCGGGUGCUGAGCGCUCAAAAACCCAGCAUCACGCUCAGCGCCUACCAGCGCAGGUGCAUCCAGUCCAUCCUGAAGGAGGAGGGCGAACACAUAAGAGAAAUGGUCAAACAGAUCAACGACAUCCGGAACCACGUGAACUUCUGACGCUGCAAGGACCAGAGUCCCAGCUGAAGGCCGAAACCCACGCUGUAGCACAGACAGCACUAAUUUAUAAACGGGCGUUUUAGAUGGAUUUUGGUGUGAUGGUUCAUUUUUUAAUAUUUUGUUUUUUAAUUAUUGAAUAAAAGCU